AUGUCACAUCGAAAGUUUGAGCGUCCCCGGCAUGGCUCUCUGGGCUUCUUGCCCCGCAAGCGCACCAGGCACCACCACGGCAAGAUCAAGAGCUUCCCCAAGGAUGACGCCUCGAAGAAGCCGCAUUUGACAGCCUUCAUGAGCUACAAGGCUGGCAUGACGCACAUCGUUCGGGAGGUGGAUCGACCUGGCUCCAAGCUCCACAAGAAAGAGAUCGUCGAGCCGGUGACCGUGCUCGAGAGUCCCCCCAUGAUCGUCGUUGGCUUCGUCGGGUAUGUUGAGACCCCCCGAGGCCUUCGAGCGCUCACCUCGGUCUGGGCGGGACACCUGUCGGAGGAGUGCAAGAGGCGCUUCUACAAGACUUGGCACACCUCGAAGCAGAAGGCGUUCACCAAGUAUCAGAAGCGCUGGGAAGAGGCCUCCAAGGACGGCAAAGACGCCAUGAGCGCUGAGGUGGAGCGUGCCAAGAAGUACUGCCAGGUAAUCCGCGCGAUCUGCCACACGCAGGUGGGGAAAGUCCGAAUCGGUCAGAAGAAAGCCCACAUCAAGGAGAUUCAGGUCAAUGGAGGAAGCACUGCCGAGAAGGUGGACUUCGCCAUGGGUCUCUUCGAGAAGGAGGUCAAGGUGGAGGACGUGUUCACCCAAGACGAGAUGAUUGACAUCAUCGGUACCAGCAAGGGCAAAGGCUUCAACGGCGUCGUCACCCGCUGGGGCGUCACUCGUUUGACCCGGAAGACACACCGCGGACUGCGAAAGGUGGCUUGCAUCGGCUCCUGGCAUCCUGCGCGUGUGGCAUUCCAGGUGCCUCGUUCCGGUCAGCGAGGUUACCACCAUCGAACUGAGAUCAACAAGAAGAUCUACCGCGUCGGAAAGUCUUUGAAGGAUGACGCCAACAACGCGUGCACUGAGAAUGACCUGACCGAGAAGGCUAUCACCCCCAUGGGCGGCUUCAGCCACUACGGCGAGGUGCGCGAGGAUUGGAUCAUGCUGAAGGGCACCGUCAUGGGCCCUCGCAAGCGCUUGAUCACCAUGCGCAAGUCGCUGCUGCCCCAGGUCACCCGGAAGGCACUGGAGAAGGUGACCUUGAAGUUCAUCGACACCUCUUCCAAGUUCGGACAUGGCCGCUUCCAGACGAGCGACGAGAAGGCCAAGUUCUAUGGCGGCGCAGCAGCAAAGAAGGCGAAGACCGAAGCGAAAGAGGACGCGUGA